AUGGAUUUCAGUGGCCACGGCACCAUUCCUAUCGGUGACAAGCUUUCGGCUAGUGUGUCUGGUUUCAAAGUGCAGUAUAGUCGGCUGUUUCUGGUGGAGCCUUACAAGUCGAAGUACGUGCCUAAAAUAGGAGAUGUUGUAGUUGGUCGUAUUGCAAGCAUCCAGAAAGCUCGAUGGAAGGUGGAUGUAAACUAUAGAAUGGCGGCAAUCUUGCAUCUGAACAAUGUCAACCUUCCUGGUGGAGAACUACGUCGCAAAGGCCUAGAAGAUGAAGUCGCUAUGGCGAAGCACAUGGUAGUAGGUGACAUGGUGAGUGCAGAAGUUCAGCAGAUACGGAUGCGGGGUCAAGUUCAGCUUCAUACAAGGAAUUUGAAAUAUGGUAAACUUGGUCAAGGUGUGAUGAUAAAGGCCCCUCCAAGUUUGGUAAAGCCUCAGAAGGAAUACAUGCAUGAAAUACAUGGAAUUGGUGUAAUAAUUGGAUGUAAUGGUAUAAUAUGGAUCUCUCCUUCUCUCAACAACGAUCCUGACGGUGGUUAUGACACAGAUUGCACUACGAUGCUCCCACUAGCCAAACGUACAGCUUUGGUGAGGAUUGCAGCCUGUGUUCGAAUCCUUAUCAAAAACCUUAUUUCCAUCUAUGAUGUCUCAAUUAUGUCCGCCUAUGGCGCGUCAUUGGUAUAUCAGGUGAAAGAGUUGGCACAUCCAGAGAUUUCUGCUGUAUUGGUGCCGAGAAUUGUGGAUAUGAUGAAGGCCGAAGAGAAGCGUCGUGCGCUGGAGAAAGAUCGAGAAGAAGCUGCCAGAAAACGACGAGCUGUGUAG